AUGUUCAGCUACACGGUGAGCUCUCCGCCACCUGCCAAGAAAGCGCGCCACAAGAAGAUUGCCAAGAAUACCCAUCCACUUAACAAACGCUCAGUUACGGUCAACAAGACCACCCACUUAACAACCUCAGGCACGAUUCUCCAUGGCAUCGCCCAUGUGACGAGCGUCGUCAACCAGACGACGCCCUCAUCCAGUCACGCAAGCUGCUCUACAUCCACCCCCGUGCCGCAGACGAAGCCUUCACGAAUCGCCUCCGUGGAGCAAGAGUGGGCGCUCAUCGAGAUUACCACUAGACUCGAAGCAAGUGAGGAGAGUCUUAAGGAAACUCGACGAAUGCUUGCACUACUCCCUCGGGUCUCCAAGGGCCCCACCUCUGGCACUCUGCCAUCUUUCCUGCCUUCCUUAUGCCCCGCCUUCUUCCCGAGGCCAUCCUCAAGCAGCUUAGCCACCGAGGUCGAGCACCGCGAGCCACCAGCGACUGGCAAAAAGCGUGCUGCUUCGGUGUCGGAACUGGCUGAGCCUAACAAUCAUCCCCAUGAGGUCCGCAACUUUCCUCCCUCAAGCCCGAUCAAGCCCCGCCACAAGGGCAAGGGCAAGCAAAUGCAGACGAGGCCUCAAGUGGUAAUCAACAAGGCGAGGAAUCUCCACACCUCUGGGCCUAUAACUUCCGGCGUGGCCAAUCUGACAACCUGCUUCAACGAGAAGAACGCGACGAUGGCAAACAACGCAAAGCGUCUCAGGAUUGCGUCACAGGAUGUGGACACAUCGGGAAUUCCUGGGUGGACUGCCCAUGUUGCGCGAGUGCGCGGAAAUAAGGAGGAGCGAAACGAGAGCGAUGACGCCGAGGCACCAAGCAGCGGUCGCCAGCGCUCUGCUUCGAUGCCGAGGCCACAUGAGGACAGUGCUAGCGCUAUUCCACUAAGACUACGGCAGCAGUAUCAUCUGGAGCGGCUGAGAGAGAAGAAUGCCUCACUCGAGGCCACGGAACGCAAGAUCAAGGAGACCCGCAAGAUGAUUGGCAAGAUUCCGGCGUCCGAGUCCACCCACGGCGGCACGCUAGCUGCCUUCCUGCCUUCCUUCUUCCCGUCUCUUUUUCCCCGCACGGUACCAAGCAGCUCAGCCGGAGGGUCUCAGCACGAUUCGCCGGUAGCGACUGCCGCCAAACGUCCUCUUCCUGAGUCUGAGGAGGAUGAGCCUCAGAUCCCUACCUCGCCUCCGUCGACGCCCAGUAAGAAGAAGAGGGUUACACAGCCAAGCAAGACUACCUUUGGGGGCCUCGGUCGAGGUCGAGGCCCCAGAGAAGACGUCUGGUAG